GGAGCAAAUAUGCAGUCGCUGACCAGCCCGGGCCAUAUUACGACGACCAGCUUGCCACCCCAAAUCAGCAAUAUUAUCCAAGGGCAGCUGAUGCAGCAGCAGCAGCAAGUGCUUCAAGGGCAGCAGCUGGGUAGACCCAUUGGCUAUGACAGGACUUCUGGGGGAUUGAUAGCGGGAGUUGGAGGAGCUGGCGCCUUUGGAAUGACAUCACCACCUCCUCCCACGAGUCCUUCCCGGGCCACGGUACCGCAGGGGCUCUCCAGUCUUCCGCUCGCUCCUACGGUUAAUACGGCAGUGAAAAAACAACCCAAAAAACUGGAGGAGAUUCCUCCUGCCAACCAAGAGACUGCUCAAAUGAGAAAACAGUGUUUGGAUCAUCACCACAAACAGAUGGAAAUUCUUAGGGAAACUUUUAAGGAAUGUUUGAUUGAACUGUUUUUCCUACAACAUCUUCAAGGGAAUAUGAUGGACUUUUUAGCUUUUAAGAAGAAGCAUUGUGUUCCACUGCAAGCGUACCUGAGGCAAAAUGACCUGGAUCUGGAAGAGGAAGAGGAGGAAGAACAAUCUGAGGUCAUCAAUGAUGAGCAAACCCAUACAGGGACUGCAGUAACGGGGACUGUGAACACCAUAGAGAUUGAAGCUUUUAAGAGACAGCAGGCACUUGCACCAGCAGAUUCGUCUAAGAGACCACGAAUUGAAGUGGGCCGUCAUGGGAUGGUUUUUCAGCACCCGGGUGUGGCUUCAGGAGUUCCUCUUCAACAGCUAAUGCCAACGGCACAAGGUGGAAUGCCUCCCACUCCUCAAACUGUACAGCUGACUGGACAGAAACAGAGUCAACAACAGUAUGACCCAUCGAAAGGCCCUCCUGUGCAGAACGCAGCCAGUCUGCAUACACCUCCACCCCAGCUGCCAGGGAGGCUGCAGCCUGUCACCACCCCCAUGACAUCUCUCCCAGCUGCACUGCAGCUGUCACAGCAGCAGCCACAGGUAGUGGAAUCUCCGGCUCAGCCUCAGAUUCAGGUGAAGAUCCAGCCUCAAAGUGUACCCCUGACUUCAGCUCCACUUCCAGCACCACUUCAACAGCAGGUGCCGCCAGCAAUCCACGUGCAAGGGCAGACGUCAAACCAAGUGUCACAGCCACAAGCUACAAUACAGCAACAGACUGUGACUCUGACACGACCAUCUGCAGAUCCUGCUCAGACUUCCCAGCGUCUCACAGCAAACCCAGUCCCACCUACCUCAUCCGUUGUGCCAGCAGCUGCCUCGGGCGCGACGCCGCCCUCCGCGUACCCGGCGCAGGCAAACAGGACCUCGCCAGCAACUAACAAGUCCCUGUCUCCUAUUGCAUCAAAACCCCCAGGCCUAGCAGUAGCAGCAGCAGCACCUAAAACACAAAGUCCAGCUCAGAAUGCAGCAGUGUUACCACAGGACAACUCUCAAGACAAGCUUGCUGAGCAAGUAAAGCUGGAAAAUCAAAUCCAUCAGCGGAUAGCAGAGCUGAGGAAGGAAGGGUUAUGGUCCCCGAGGCGACUGCCAAAACUGCAAGAGGCUCCAAGACCAAAAUCUCACUGGGAUUAUUUGCUGGAAGAAAUGCAAUGGAUGGCAACUGAUUUUGCCCAAGAGAGAAAGUGGAAGAUGGCAACUGCUAAGAAGAUGGUAAGAACUGUGGCUCGUUACCAUGAAGAAAAGAAACUUGAUGAAGAGCGAGCUAAAAGGGAGGAACAAAACAAACUGAGGAGAAUUGCUGCAUCAAUUGCUAGGGAAAUAGAAUACUUCUGGUCCAACAUUGAACAGGUUGUUGAAAUAAAACUGCAGAUUGAAUUUCAAGAGAAAAGGAAAAAAGCUUUGAAUUUAAAGCGAAUUUCAAGGAAAGGUAGGGAUACAAAACUCCCAGAAGACUUUUUACUGGAAAAAGAAAGUGAAAUGGGUUCUUCAUCAUCUGGAAGAAAAAGAAAGGCAAGCACGUCUUUGACUGAUGAGGAAGUUGAAGAUGAAGAAGAAACAAUUGAAGAACAAGAAGCUAAAGAAGGAAACGUAAACCAUCAGACUGAGUUGUCUAAUCUAGCCAAAGAAGCUGAAUUGCCUCUGGAAGAUUUACUAAAGAUGUAUGAAGGUGCCUUUGCAGAAAAUUUCCACUGGCCCCAGCCAAAGCCUGACAGUGAAGAGGAUAGCAGUGAGGAAGAAAUGGAAGAUCAUAUCUCUGAUAGGGAAAGCCCUCAGAAGGAAGUUGUCCUCAUAGACUCACUUCUCAGCAUUGACCAGUACAAGGGUAUAGACAGAUCAAGUCCUCCAAAGAAGCAUAUGCGAGACAUAGCAGAAGUUGCUGCUGCAGCAGAGAUGCUGUUACCUAAAGGCAGCUCUAGGAUAACAACAGCGAUAAAAUACAAUACUCCAUCACUGCUGUACGGGCCUCUCAGAGAAUACCAGAAGAUUGGGCUGGAUUGGCUGGCAAAGCUCUACAGGAAGAAUCUUAAUGGCAUUCUGGCAGACGAGGCUGGGCUUGGAAAAACAGUACAGAUUAUUGCCUUUUUUGCCCACUUGGCUUGUAAUGAAGGUAAUUGGGGCCCUCACCUUGUUGUUGUACGGAGCUGUAACAUCCUGAAAUGGGAGCUGGAAUUGAAACGUUGGUGCCCGGGCUUGAAAAUACUUCUCUAUUUUGGCAGCCAAAGGGAACUUAGGGCAAAAAGACAGGAAUGGACAGAACCCAACAGCUUCAAUGUGUGUAUCACUUCCUACAAACAGCUGUUCAAAGGCCACACAGCAUUUAUGAAAAUGCGAUGGAAAUACUUAAUAGUAGAUGAGAUGCAACAAAUAAAGAACAUGACUGAAAAACACUGGGAGGCACUUUUCAGUCUCCGCAGCCAGCAUCGUUUGCUUCUGAUAGACACUCCGUUGCAUAACACAUUGAUGGAGUUGUGGACCAUGGUACAUUUUCUGAUCCCGGGAAUUUCCAGACCUUAUCUAGAUUUUCCAGUAAAAGCAGCUAAUGAGGAGAACCAGGAUUAUUGCCAUAAACUGGUCAUCAGGUUACACAGAAUGAUUCAGCCGUUUAUUUUGCGAAGAUCAAAGAGAGAUGUUGAGAAGCAGCUAACAAAGAAAUAUGAACACGUGCUAAAGUGUCGUCUUUCAAAUCGACAAAAAGCUAUGUAUGAAGAUGUCAUAUUACAACCAGGUACCCAAGAAGCCCUCAAAAGUGGACACUUCAUCAGUGUCUUGCACGUCCUGAUGCAGCUGCAGCGGAUUUGUAACCACCCUGACCUGAUAAACCCCCGGCUUUCAAGUACCUCUUAUGUAUCAGAAACACUGGAAUACAGAACUGCAUCUCUGGUGCUGCGUGCCCUAGAAAGGGAUAUUUGGAAGGAAUCAGACCUUUCUCUUUUUGAUCUCAUUGGAAUGGAAAACAAAAUGACCCAUUAUGAAGCACAAAUGUUGCCAAAACAGAAGGUUACCAGAAAGCUGAUUGAAGAAAUCUACAGCUCCCCUCCACCACCAGCUAGGCCCAACCCAGUGAAGCUCAAACCAAGCAGGUUGUUUCAACCCGUUCAGUAUGGUCAAAAGCCCGAGGGCAGGACUGUAGUUUUCCCAAGCACUCAAAUCCAACGCACGGUGACCACAGCGACGGUAACUCAGCAGGGACAAGUGCGAGGAAGAUCUCCCAUAGCUACAGUGUCUUCAAACCAAGCCGCAGCAGCACAGUUUCAGACAACUCAGGCUUCCACCAGUGCUCCAAGACACCAGCCCGCAGCGACCUUCACCACAGCAACUAGCACAGCCAACCCUGUGAAACCGCGGGGCCAGACCUCUGCGCAGGCCGCCCAGCUGGGCCAGGCCCAGCCACAGGCCCCCCCGCACACCAUCCAACAGAGUGUGCUGCCUCAGAGGCUGGUUCUCACCUCUCAGGCCCAGGCACGGUUGCCUAGUGGUGAGGUAGUUAAAAUAGCCCAGCUGGCUUCUAUAGCAGGAGCACAAGGCAGAAUCGCUCAGCCAGAAACCCCCGUAACUCUGCAGUUCCAGGGGAACAAGUUCACUUUGUCACAUAGUCAACUUCGCCAGCUCACUGCAGGGCAGCCCUUGCAGUUACAAGGGAGUGUUCUUCAGAUUGUUUCAGCACCUGGCCAGCAGUAUUUGAGACCUCAAGGUCCGGUUGUCAUGCAGACAGUUUCCCAAGCAGGAACUGUUCAGAACGCUCUGAAUGCUUUAGGAAACCAGCAUCAAGCAGGUGUCCCAACUUCCACAGCAGUGACACAGCAAGUUUGUAUUCCAGGUAGAACUGCAGUUAGUAAUUUGUCAGCUGGUGACAUGGGAGCAGCAUUAAAACCAGUGCCUACACAUGGACAAUCACAGGAGACGUAUGAAGAGAAGAACAGGCUUUUGAAGGAGCGCCUGGACAGGAUAUUCUCUGGCAACGAGCGCCGCUGCUCGCGGGCCCCCGUGUAUGGCAGGGACGUGCUGAGCCUGUGUUCUCUGGCUGCUGGAAGGAAGCCCUCUCAGCUGGCUUCCAGUGAAGACAGCAGCUGGAGGUGGGCUGGCUUUGUGAACUGUUGCCUUUCUUCAAGUGCCUCUGGAGGCCCAAGUAACCCAUUGCAAGAAAUGAUCCUGACUUUGGUUCAGCAACGAGAAUCUCUGAAGGAUGUUGUUAACAGGGCUCUCUUUGUACUGCCAGCAGCAGUUGCUGCUCCUCCAUGUUUGUAUGUAGCAAAUCCUCCCCCUUCAUACAGUCACAGACUGAAACUCCUUAAGCACAGUCUUAAGCAGAAGGCAGCUCCACACUUGCAUCAGUUACAACAGAUUACAACUCCUCACUUGCUGCAGUUCCCUGACCUCCGGCUGGUGCAGUAUGACUCAGGAAAAUUAGAAGCUCUUGCUGUCUUGCUUCAAAAGCUGAAAUCUGAGGGGCGCCGUGUGCUGAUUUUGUCACAGAUGAUUCUGAUGUUGGACAUACUGGAAUUGUUCCUGAAUUUCCAUUUCCUCACGUUUGUGAGGAUUGAUGAAUAUGCUAACCAUGAACAACGACAGGAGCUGAUGAAAAUCUUCAACAGGGACAAGCGCAUUUUCUGUGCCAUCCUUUCCUCUCACAGUCGUUCCACUGGAGUCAACCUCGUUGAGGCAGACACUGUUGUGUUCUAUGACAAUGAUCUAAACCCAGUGAUGGAUGCAAAAGCACAGGAAUGGUGUGACAGAAUUGGGAGAUGUAAAGAUAUCCAUAUAUACAGGCUUGUCAGUGGCAAUUCUGUAGAAGAGAAGCUUUUGAAAAAUGGCACAAAGGACUUGAUCAGAGAAGUAGCUGCUCAGGGAAAUGACUAUUCAAUGGCCUUUUUAACACAGCAAACAAUUCAGGAAUUAUUUGAGGUCCAUUCUCCUAUGGAGGAUUCUGGAUUUAGAGUAAAAGCAGAAGAAUUUGUAGUACUUUCUCAAGAACCAUCUCCAGCAGAAAAUAUUUCACCUAAAGUUGCAAGACCAUUCAUAGAGGCCCUCAACAGUAUUGAACAUGAGGAUGAGGAGUCAAAUGAUCAUCUACAAGAAAUUGGAUCCGAGUCGAGUAUUGAGCCUUUAAUCUCAGAGUUCUUUGAGACAAAAUACUAUGAAGAGCCCUCACAGCUGCAGGAGUUAGUUGCUGUUGUGGACCAGCUGACUCCAAUUGAGAAGUAUGCUCUGAAUUAUUUAGAGCUCUUCCACGUUUCAGUUGAUGAGAAAGAGCCACGGUUGAAUGAGAUGGAAAUGAAAACUGCCAAGAAAGCAUGGGAAGUGCAGCAUAUGAAAGAGUUAAAGGAAAAAGAGCAGAAACUGCUUUGGGAGGAUGAAGAGGAACUUCUAACCUACACCCGGGAGGAUGCAUACAACAAAGAAUAUAUCUAUGAAGGUCCAGAUGGGCAAACCGAGAUAAUGCCACUUUGGACUCCUCCCACUCCACCUCAGGAUGACAAUGAUAUCUACAUAGAUUCUGUUAUGUGCCUGAUGUAUGACACCACCCCGAUUCCAGAGUCAAAGUUGCCUCCAGUGUAUGUCAGGAAGGAACGUAAACGACACAAAACAGAUCCAUCUGCUGCAGGUAGGAAGAAAAAGCAACGUCAUGGGGAGACAGUUAUUCCACCUCGCUCGCUGUUUGAUCGAGCAACUCCAGGAAUGCUGAAAAUGCGCCGGGAGGGCAAAGAGCAGAAGAAAAACAUCUUGUUGAAACAACAGACACAGUUUGCCAAGCCUUUGCCAACUCUUGUCAAACCAGCUGCCGAGGCUGGACAGGAUAAUCCAGAGUGGCUGAUCAGUGAAGACUGGGCACUUCUGCAGGCAGUGAAGCAGCUGCUGGAGCUUCCUUUAAAUCUUGCUGUUGUAUCGCCAGCACACACUCCCAACUGGGACCUUGUUAGUGAUGUUGUUAACUCCUGCAGCAGAGUCUAUCGCUCACCAAAACAGUGCCGAAACAGAUAUGAGAAUGUCAUUAUUCCAAGGGAAGAAGGAAAGACCAAAAACAGUCGCCCGCUUCGUACCAAUCAGAUCUAUGCUCAAGACGAAGGCGCAACCCACACGCAACUUUAUACUAAUCAUUUUGAGAUGAUGAAAAUGAUUGCAGGGAAAAGAAGUCCACCUAUCAAACCUCUACUUGGCAUGAACCCUUUCCAGAAGAACCCGAAGCAUGCGUCAGUGCUUGCAGAAAGUGGAAUCAACUAUGAUAAGCCACUUCCUCCAAUUCAAGUUGCAUCCCUCCGAGCAGAACGCAUUGCAAAAGAGAAAAAGGCGCUGGCCGAACAGCAGAGGGCCCAGCAGCAGCCGGGCCCGCAGGCUCCGCA